UUCUAAUUCACUGGCAUAUUAUAAGCUUUGUAAUAUGAGGUCUUUUUAACCGCCUAAAAUAGCAUCGAGUUAAUAUCGAGCAUUUACUGUUUUUCAGAUGGUGACUAUCAAAGUAUUUUUACCUGCCUGCUUUGUGGAGCCAUGUUCCAAUCUGCAAACAUCUUCACAGAACAUUGUAUGAGAGUACAUACUAGGGAGAGACUCCACACUGGAGAGAAAACACCAUCCACCGGAGAGGAAAAUGUUCAUCCUCACACAAGAGAAGAUUCUCACCAUAAGGAAAUCAGUUCAAAACCAUAUAAGUGUGGACUUUGUAAGGAAAGCUAUUGGUCUGAAAAAAGCAACCUCGAUCGUCAUAUGAGACUGACACAUGGGACACAACUUGCAAAGUACAUGUUGAGAUUAACUGACACUGGAUAUGUACAAAUGAAAACAAAGCUUAAGGAGAAAAAGCCUCGAGAGAAAAAAUUUGAAUGUGAAACAUGUCACAAAAUGUUUGAGUCGGAUUACCAUUUGAAGGGCCAUAUAAGAAAUCACACUGGCGAGAGACCUUUUAAGUGUGACAUUUGUGAAAAAACCUUCAUUCAAAAAUGUGCAAUGCGAGCACAUGCAAGAAAUGUACAUUUGAUAAAACAAUCUGAUUUUCGCCCUCACAAAUACAAUGGGAUUAGAGUGACCAGCAGACAGCCGAGGGUUGAAUGUCCGAAAUGUCAUGAAAUGUUUCAUGGGAAAAGGGAACUUUCAAAUCACUUGCCUGUCCACACUGGGGAAAGAGUCAAGUCUGAACAAAAACCAAACCAUCAAGAACAAACACACGAAGGACAGAUAAAUGAACAACAAGAUCAUGCUCUACAGGCUCAUAAAGAACAAAUAAGUGUACUACAAAUGAAUGAAGGACAAACUUGUAAAGAACAAAGAAAUAAACUACAAAUCCAUGAACAAAAUGUUUAUGAACAACAAAUGAAUGAACAAAAUAAAUCUAAGGAUCUAUUGAAGAGACCUAAGAAAAUCAAAGUGAAAAAUGUUGACUGUGAAAUAUGUGGUAAAAAGUUUCAUUCAAAAGCCAAUCUUAUAAUCCAUAUAAGGAUCCAUACUGGAGAAAAACCAUUCAAAUGCAGUGUUUGCGACAUGACUUUUGCACAGAAAAGUGCUGUAAGAGCACAUAUGAGAAGGAUCCAUAAAGUAAAACAACUUGAUUUUCGACCACGCAAAGCUUACAGACCGAUGACAAGAGCCCCCCGAAAAAGGAAAAAGGUGAAAAAUAUAUUCUGUGCAAUUUGCAGUAAAGGGUUUGAAUGUAAAUCUGUUCUUAUUAAACAUAUGGUCGUCCAUACUGGAGAGAGACCAUUCACAUGUGAUGUUUGUAGUUCAACUUUUACUCAAAAGAGUGGAAUGACAAAUCAUAAGCGGAAAUAUCAUUCAGAUCAAAAGAAAAUCGAAGACAAAGUGUCAACCUUAACAUUAUCACCCAAGUUGGAGACUGUUUCCAUUGAUCAAAAACUGUGACACAGUUACACGCAAAAAAAUUAAGAACAACGUUGUCAAAACAGAGAAAAAUGCAAAGCCUGAACAUUUCCUCAGAACAAUAACUCAAAUUGGGUCAUCUCUUACCAAAUUACAAUGUAACAUAAUGAUAACAAUGUUACAUUAUGAUAACAAUGUGACAUAAUGAUAAUAUGAUUUAACAUAAUGAUAACAAUGUUACAUUAUGAUAACAAUGUUACAUAAUAAACAUGAUGUUACAUAAGUAUAGAAACUUGUGUGCUAUUUUACAUUACAGUGAAACUUGUAUAUCUGAACACCUCAAAUAUGAACACCUCAAAUAUGAACAGAUGCUAAUGCAAACACUUUGGCAGGUAUCAGUGGUGUUUAGAUCAUACAGGUUCUACUUUAGUUUAUUACUUGUUCCAACUGAACUUCUGCCUAAGGCAAUUUGAUUUAUUUACCAUCAAAUAAUACGAUGUCUCGGUUUAUCUAUCAUUUUAAAGCUUUUAUGAAAUUAUAGAUACAAGAUACAGAAAAAUCGAACACAGUUAAAACGUGCCUUAUCUGAAUGUCUUGUGUUCAGAUUGGCAGAGGAUCAGCUAUCAAGGUUUUAUUAUAAACAUGUGCGAUAUAUUUUUGAUCGAGAAAAGUGUUCAAGUUGAGAGAUGUUUGCAUUAGAGAGGUGUUCAUAUAGUUUCUUUGUUCAGUUACAUUUUAAAGUUCUGUCAGCUACUGAAGAGUAAUUUUAUUUUCCUGGUAUAACAUACAGUAAAACACCUAGCAUUUAGUGAAAACCUAUGUAGCCACAAAAAGUGUUCAAUGUAAGGAGGUGUUCAUUAAAGAGAGUGGAUUUAUACAUGAGUCAAUGUAAAAUAUGUCUUGAAGUGGUGUUCACUGAACCCAGAUGUUCACUAGAGAGAGGUGUUCACUAAGACAGGUUUAAUUGUAUUUUGUUUUCUUACUUUAAAUUGGAUUCUUAAAUUGGAAUAAAAUGUGAAUUUCUUUUUGUCACCCUGUACUUUUUUAUGUAAUGUAUUGAAGUAAAUUGCAUGCAUGUCAGUUGUAUGUUUUGAAAUAAAUUCUGUUCUUGAUAA